UGAUCUAUUCAUAAGUACUUUCCAACCUCAAAGCUCGCACCAACCGGCAUUCUUUUCAGCCGAUAUUUCAUCUUCGUGACGUAUGGAGAUGACGUAUACGACAUUCAAGGUCUUAAUUUCAUUAUCAUAGAUCUGUAACGUGUUACGGCUCGCAUUAUGUUUUAAUUUUCAUUCGGCAUAUGCCUACUUUGGACAUUUUCCUCUCCCGUGAGAUUGUUUAUUCCCAACUUUUCGUCAUCGCCAUUUGAAUGAGUUCAGCCAAGAAUAAGUAACAUUGUGAUCACGUGACACCAUACCAUCUCCCCAAGCAAGGACAUCGAGAUAUAUCAUGUGCACCAUCUCCUAUCCGAUGUGAUAUGGCAUGGGCUAGAGAAACACGGCACCUGGGAUGUUUUCCAAGAGGCGGCGACUGGAUAAAACCGUUUCCAUGACAAACGAAGAGUCUUCCACGCACCGCAUCCAAGGUUUCAUUCGUCCCCUUUGAGAGUUAUCGAGGCAAUUGGAAAAUUGAGAAGUGGAAUAUACGAACGCUGAAUCUGGAAUAAACCCUGAUCAGAUGACUAUAGGAUAAUGCAGUAAUGAUCAGGUGCUACCGUUUUGCAAGAAAAGGACCAUAAACAAGGUUUUUUUUUCAAAAGAGGAAGGAAAAAAGGUUUACAUAUAUAUUAAGAGCGUCCAAAUCUACAGCGGGUUAAUGGGACAUUCAAUGCCGCGUUGGACAAAAGUAUACCAGAAUCUCUUUUCAAGAUAUCUCUGACCACCAAGCCAACAGUUUUCUUGAAACUGGAGACACAUUGUCCGUCACAAGCGUGAGGAGUGGAGUUCAUGUUUUCAUAUAGUCUGUUUUUCAUAACGUCUGUUUUUACGCCAAAUAUUAAGUAACCUACCAGUGUGACCAAACUGACCAUUCCGAAUUAGCGCAUCCACCGCCCUUUUUUGUUUUCAAAAGUGAAGUUUUUCUACCCCCCCCCCCCCGAAGCGGAUCGGGUAAGCAAUCUAUUUUCUUUCUCGAUGUUGGCAAUACUAGCGUGUUUAUGAAGGACGUGAGCCUGUUGGCGAGGACCGCGUGAAGACUCUUCAGUGAAACAAUAUCCGUGUUUUGUGGCUUUGGUAUAAUUUUGCUGGUAUUUAGCCAUCUUGCAAGCUCUAAAACCAAACACUUGUUGGAUAAGUCAGAAAUUGAUUAUCGACUUCCAGUAAUAUAUAAUCUAAAAUCAGUCUGUCAGAAGCGGUAUUUUUUUCUCCGAGAUUUAGAUUGAUUGCGCUCUAUUUUAAAGUUACCGACAAGUAUUUCAGUCAGUCAGAGAUUUAAGUGCAAGAGGACAUUGACCUUUAAAGGCUGGAAAGACCAAUGAUGGCAUAGUCGUGCCCAUUUUGAGUGUAAAUCAAUCGAUUGCUACAAGGUGGAUCCAUAAUCAACCCAGUCUGUUCCUUUACGCGAGUAAACCAUAAUCACAACUGAUCGAGGCAUAGAGCAGGAUGGCAACAACAACCCAAGCGAUAUCGUUUUCAACCGAUAUUCCCGUCGUCACAACGUCGAAUUCAACCCCAAUGGGCGACGAAGGCUACAGUGUAUUUCCCCACUCACUGACGUGGAUCAUCGUAGUCGGCAUCGUCUACUCUCUCAUCAUCCUCAUCACCCUGGUCGGCAACGCUUUCGUCAUCGCUGCGUACAAGGUGGACGAACACAUCCGUGCUCGACCAUCGAGUAUUCUCAUCCUUAAUCUCGCCAUCUCCGACUUCUUCAUCGGGAUCACGCUCAUCUUCAAUUACGUUUUCCUCCUCUACGACGUAUGGCCACUUGGUGAGAUACCCUGUAAGCUGUGGACGGUCUUGGAUUACACCUGUUCCUACAUGUCUGUCGUCACCAUCACCCUCAUAAGCUUAGAUAGAUACUGGAUGGUGAAGAAGAAGCUCGGCUACCGGAAGUACCAGACCAAGAAGCGUAUUCUCAUCACCCUUGCGAUCUGCUGGAGCGUCGUUCUCGCAUUCUACACCAUAACCGCCUUUGGUUACGGCGCGAUGACGAACACCAACCAUGUCGAUUUCUCCGACGAUUGCGAGAUGGAAUAUCUGUACAGCACUCCGUUUUCCGCGGUGAUGAUCGUUGUCGAAUUCGUGAUACCUUUCUUCGUCAUUCUUUACCUGAACAUCGUGGUGUAUAUGAAUAUUCAAAUGAGGACGGGGCAGCUUGUGAGGUCAAAACCUGACAAAGGGCAUGACAUGUAUUCGAAGACUUCGUUGGAUACUGAUAAGACGAUAGGGACUGAUUCUGCGAGUGGGUUGGCCUAUUCCUCCAAUCCUCUGUACGCCAAGAAACCUGUUCCUAUAGUGACUAUAUCAUAUACGACAAAGGACAAAGUGGAUACGCCUAUUGACACUACUGAGCCAACGGACGAAAAGCCUUCAAAUGCAUACGAGGUUGACGAGACCUUUGAGGAGUCAAAAGCUUCUGACGAAGGUAUUGUAUCAGGAAGUACCGACAUUGCACCAAAUGUCAACGGCUUUGCGAACCCGAGUGUAGAUUUAAACGACGUCGAUAUUAAAGCCGAGACACCAGUAGAGUCGAAUAGCCACAACACGAACAACAAUGCUAACCAUAGCACAACUAAAUCGGAUGAUGGUAUGUUAAAAGUUGAGGAAAAGACACGCCCACUGUCAGCAGCGUCCUUGAAUUCUGUUGUUAGCUCCGAUGGACACACGACUCUGGCACGAGCUAACAAAGAAAAAUCUAAGAAAGCUCGUGAGUUUCGACGACAACGACGAGCCGCCAUCGUUCUCUUCACGCUCGUCAUCACUUUCGGCAUUUGUUGGCUUCCCUACCAGGUAACCACAAUCCUUGUAACCAUAAUGGGUGAUGAGUCGAUUAAUUUCAUAAUAGAAGAAAUCAUGACGAACCUCCUUUGGUGUAACUCGACCAUAAAUCCAUUUCUCUAUGCCUUCGUGACUGUGUCUUUCCGAAGAAACUUCAUUCGGUUCCUCGGCCUUGAUCGGAUCACGUGGUGUCAGAAGAAACAAACUUCGAAUGAUGCGCAGGACCGGAUUCACACGAGCGACCCAACUGAAUGUGAUAGCUAAUACCGAAUGGAUAUAGAUUACAGAUUUACUUAUAGACCUCAUGUGUUGACGUCAUCGAGCCGUAAUUCUUAAUCUUAGAGGCUGAAGCCAUUGCCUUGCAUGAGUUCAUUGCGUUGAUGAUCUGCAUCUGUCACAUCCCUGACGACUCCUUUUGCGCGUAUUC